AUGUUAGUGAUCCCAACCAUAGUGAUCCUGACCAUGGUGAUCCUGACCAUGGUGAUCCUGACCAUGGUGAUCCUGACCAUGGUGAUCCUGACCAUGGGGAUCCUGACCAUGGUGAUCCUGACCAUGGGGAUCCUGACCAUGGUGAUCCCGACCAUGGUGAUCCCGACCAUGGUGAUCCCGACGACCAUGGUGAUCCUGACCAUGGUGAUCCCGACCAUGGUGAUCCCGACCAUGGUGAUCCCGACCAUGGUGAUCCCGACCAUGGUGAUCCCGACCAUGGUGAUCCCGACCAUGGUGAUCCCGACCAUGGUGAUCCCGACCAUGGUGAUCCCGACCAUGGUGAUCCCGACCAUGGUGAUCCUGACCAUGGGGAUCCUGACCAUGGUGAUCCUGACCAUGGGGAUCCCGACCAUGGUGAUCCCGACCAUGGGGAUCCCGACCAUGGUGAUCCCGACCAUGGUGAUCCCGACCAUGGUGAUCCCGACCAUGGUGAUUCCGACCAUGGUGAUCUUGACCAUGGUGAUCCCGACCAUGGUGAUCCUGACCAUGGUGAUCCCGACCAUGGUGAUCCCGACCAUGGUGAUCCUGACCAUGGUGAUCCUGACCAUGGUGAUCCCGACCAUGGUGAUCCCGACCAUGGUGAUCCUGACCAUGGUGAUCCUGACCAUGGUGAUCCCGACCAUGGUGAUCCUGACCAUGGUGAUCUUGACCAUGGUGAUCCCGACCAUGGUGAUCCUGACCAUGGUGAUCCUGACCAUGGUGAUCCUGACCUUUAAAAACUACACCAAACUCAACUUGUUAGAAUCAAAUUGUUUAUUGUUCAAUCAAGCGAAUUAA